AAAUAAUACAAAUUGUAUGCCGCACCUUGGUCACUAAGAUCUGUGUCUUUUGUUUCAUAUUUUCACAGUAAUAUAUGUAUUAUUAUUAAAUUAUCGAAUAAUAUUGACGGCAGGUAAAUACUAAAUAAAUACUUUGAAGUUUAAUCAUAAACAUUCUUUAUCAAACUCUUUUUCUUCUAUCAAAAUCAUUAAUAAAAAGCACAAGAUAUAACAUACGGCGUAAUAGGUUUUCUUCAACAUUUUCCCCAUUUGGCAUUUUAAACUUUUAAUAUUGGUUUAGGAGCAUUAUUCAUUUAUUCUCCCAUCACCAUGAAUCCCUUGAGCUAAAUUGACACGCACUCAAACUGGCAUCAGGUGCUCUGUUUUUCUGCGCACAAUCUGUUCGAUGAAAAGCCUCACAGACACAGACAAGACAAAACAGAAACAUUGCUCGUGGAUGAACUAAUAUAAUUGGGCCAUAGAGCUUCAUAAUUCAUCAAAUCUGUCUCGUGCAUAAAUUAUGAUUUUUCAUCUUUAAAAUCACGGAUGUUUUCUACACCUUAGCUUUCAAGUUUUCUUUACGAAAGCCUCGAUUUUUAUGGUAUCUCAUUUCCCGUUGAAUAUUUCUUUUUAAUUUUGAUGUUUUGACUGAGCAAUAUGACUCUGUUUCAACUUCAGUCAAGCUCAGGUAUUGACAAGAAAACUUUUUUUUAUAAAAUUUUAAUCUUUUUUUUUUUCGAAGAACUGGUCACAUGUUUGACCUGGACUUCAUGGUUUAAAAGGAAGGGAACCACUUUAAGUUUCGUGAUCAAGUUAAUGAAUUAGAACUUGUGUUAUUUUUACCUACUUCACAUGAUUCUUGUUACUUUUUGAAUCAAACCCAUUAAUGGGUAUUCAUCAAUAGUGGUCUGCAACUCAUCACCGGUCAAUUUUCCGGUGAUUCAUCCCCCUUUUCAGUUUUCUUCUCCAUAACCAUAAACCAUAAACCAUAAACCCUCCUCUUAAAAGACUGAAACCCAAUUCCAAGAUUCAGUCUUUUGCCAUUAUCACCAUGUCAUAUGCCAAUUCAAGAUCUGUAAGAUUUCAAGAUAAUGGUGGGCUAUCAAAACUUCCAUCCACGAACAAAGACAACUUAUUUAAGAUCAAGCAAGUUUCUGAUCAAAGAGCAGAGGAAAAUGAAAGCGGGGGAUUUUCUACUGCCUAUGUUGCACCAUCUUCCCGUGUUUUUGGAAGAGGCGAACUCGUUAUAGAUUCUUCCAAGAUAGCUAAAAAAUACAUACGAGGUGGUUUUUUGAUUGAUGUCAUCGCCGCCUUACCUCUUCCUCAGAUGUUAAUCUGGCUCAUUAUACCGAGUUUAAGUGGCUCAACCAUGGCUAACACAAAAAACGUUCUUCGGUUCAUCAUCAUCUUUCAAUAUCUCCCGAGACUUUAUCUUAUAUUCCCUUUAACAUCAGAAAUUGUUGGGGCUACGGGUGUUAUAACUGAAACUGCAUGGGCUGGAGCUGCCUAUAAUCUUAUGUUAUACAUGUUAGCAAGCCAUUUUUUAGGGGCUUCUUGGUAUGUUUUAUCGAUAGAGAGACAAGAAGCUUGUUGGAGACACGCAUGCCUACUUGAGGAUCCACAUUGUCAGGAUAAAUUCUUCGACUGUGAAACAUUUGGCGACAAUAAGAGACAGAUUUGGUUCAAUUCAAGUAACGUCUCAACACAAUGUGUUCCAACAAGCGGGUUUUAUCAAUUUGGUAUCUAUGGUGAAGCUUUAACAUCAAAUGUUACUUCUGCGUUGUUUUUCAAUAAAUACUUCUACUGUCUUUGGUUCGGCUUAAAGAAUCUUAGUUCUUUAGGGCAGAAUUUGUUAACGAGUACUUACGUCGGGGAAAUCAUUUUUGCGAUCAUAAUAGCGAUUGUGGGGCUAGUGCUGUUUGCGUUGUUGAUCGGAAAUAUGCAGACAUAUCUUCAAUCGACGACAGUUAGAUUAGAAGAAUGGAGGGUCCGGCGAACUGAUACAGAACAAUGGAUGCGUCAUCGGCAGUUGCCACCGGAGCUCCGGGAAGCUGUUCGGAGAUACGAUCAAUACAAAUGGGUAGCUACACGAGGGGUUGAUGAAGAAUCGCUUCUCAAAGAUCUUCCUUUAGAUCUCCGACGAGAUAUCAAACGACACCUUUGCUAUGAUCUAGUUCGACGAGUUCCGUUGUUUGAUCAAAUGGACGGAAGGAUGCUGGAUGCGAUCUGCGAGCGAUUAAAACCGGCGUUGUGUACGCAAGGCACGUGUUUGGUUAGGGAAGGUGAUCCGGUGGACAAGAUGCUAUUUAUAAUUCGAGGAAACCUAGAUUCCUACACCACAAACGGCGGCAGAACAGGGUUUUUCAACUCAUGCCGAAUUGGUCCCGGCGACUUCUGCGGCGAGGAGCUUCUGACGUGGGCCCUGGACCCACGGCCGAGCGUCGUGAUUCCGUCAUCGACUAGAACCGUGAAGGCGAUUUCCGAAGUGGAAGCUUUUGCGCUCAUAGCGGAGGAUCUAAAGUUUGUGGCGUCGCAGUAUCGGAGAUUGCAUAGUAAGCAAUUGCGGCAUAAGUUUAGGUUUUAUAGCCACCAGUGGCGGACUUGGGCGGCGUGUUUUGUGCAGGCGGCGUGGAGGAGGUAUAAACGGAGGCAGAAUGCAAGUGAACUUAGGGCUCGAGAGAGUUUUACGAGCACUGAUUAUGAGUCGGAAGUUAAUUCGCCGGCGCAUGUCAGUCAAAUGGUUUCACCGGAGCCGAGGUUGAGUGGAUAUCGUGCGAGUACAAGGAGGUCAGGGAACCUGCACUCAGUCUCAGGGACGAAAUCAAGUAGUGGUAGCUCAUUACAGAAACCAACAGAACCUGAUUUUUCUGUAGAUGAAGAAUGA